AUGUCCUCUUCGCGCAACGUCCUCUCCAUCGUCGUCGAUCGAGAGCUUUCCGGCAACGCGCGUGGCCUGCGCUCGCUCCCCCCUCGCUUCCUCGCCGGCAUCGACGCAGGCGGCGGCCCGCGUGACCGAGCCGCCGUCGCCGCCUCUCGAGGACACGUUGGCACUGGCGAGCUAUUGCUUCAGCUUGACUCGGAGAUGCCUGCUCCCGCCGAGCUACGCAAGCUGAUCGCUGACCUGAGCGCGCGGCUGGGCGAGUCGGCGAGCCAGCGCGAGGUCUUUCUCUGCUGCGGCGGAGACGCGAUCAUUUCCCGCGUCCUCCUGCGGCUGUGCAGGAGGGAGGCGGGGCGGCCGUCCGCUCGCCUGCCCGAGGGCGCUCCUCUGGACGUGAUUAACGAGUGCACCCAGAUCCUCGCCGAGCUCGCCAUGCUCGACCUCCAGCACGCCGAGGCGCUCGCGUCGCGCCACGAGCUCAUCGGCACGCUCUUCCUGCUGAUGGCGGAGCCGCAGGCGGCGGACGCGGCGCUCGCCCUUUCCAUGACAGGCCUCGCUCUCGUCUCGCGCGCCCUCGCAGUGCUACUCGCGAAGUCGGCUGAGCAGGGCUAG